ACCUAAUCCAGGAAGUAGCCAGGUAUAAAAUUAGCUGUUUCGGUGGUUAGUCCUCAAUAUAAAGGAGUCUUGAAAAGAAGCGGAAUGAAGACAAGCUUUAUCGCAACAUGGUGUCUGCUGUUACGACUAUGGGCUGCAUGAAGUCGGCCGCAGUGACUCUUCUUCUGUUGUUUUUUCUUCUGAACGUAGCUGAUUCUCAUCCCAACUUCGACUCUUCAAGCAUGGGCUGUGGAGAAUGCAGCCUGGGCCUGAACCGGAUUCUUUCACGGGACCAUGCGCCGAUCUACCAGUGCAUGGGCUGCUGCUUCUCCCGGGCGUACCCGACGCCGCAGACGGCCAUGCAGACGAUGGCGGUCCCCAAGAACAUCACCUCAGAGGCAACGUGCUGCGUUGCAAAGCACAGCUUCGAGACAACGGUAGACACCUUCCCAGUGAGAAACCACACAGAGUGUCACUGCAGCACCUGCUAUUACCAUAAGUUGAUAUGAAACGUGGAAACCUGCAGGCUGUCUCUUUUGAAAUGCACAAGCUGCUCUCUGUUUGGAAGCAGGUGUUGUUUAUGUUAGCGUUUCUGUGUUUGUGAUGUGUAACUAGCCUUUGUGUUUGCAUUGAUAACUGCGUAUCAAUAACUGAGGACCUGAAGUUAAUUAAAAAAGUGCACCAAGAGGUCA